AUGUCAGGCUUCCAGAUCCCCGGCCUGGGGUUCGCGAAACCCAACGAGACUCUGCCUCCUCUGCCCCCCGACGUACUCGCCGCGGCCGCAAGCUUCGAGGGUGCCAACAUCGAGGAGAACCACAAGCCUGCCGAGACCAAGACGGAGCAGAAUGAAGACACAAAGAUGGAAGAGACACCUGCCGAGGCAACGGAACCUAUCGCAAGCGAACCUCAGCUUCCUCCCCAUGUGGAGCGCUCAGAGACAAACGACUCCGACGCCAUGAACAUCGACGCCGCCGAGCCCCCUUCCCUCACCGACGCCCUGGAAGCCAUGAUCAACGGCCUCGACAAAACGCCCGCGGUACAGCCUGCCCCCACGACUGCCGCCUCAACAGAGCAGCCCACCAACACCGCCACUACAGAGCAAGAACCCGCCGCCGCCCCCGAGGGCCAAGAAGCCGAGCACCCCGAAUGGGAAAUCGACUCCUCCCCCUACGAAUCCUCCUCCGAGUCCUCCAGCUCCGACUCCUCCUCAGACGACGACUCCGAGUCCGGCGAGGGCUACCAGCUCCUCGGCGUCGAGGAGACGGCGCGCAUGCUCAUGGAGAUGGAGGGCGGCUCCGACGACGAGGGCGGGCCCGACGCCGCCGGUAAGGCUGGCGGCGGCGCGCACCUGCGCACCAAGAACGAGGUCGCCCCCGACGCGGUGCCCAAGCCCGACCUCACGCUCACGGCCGACGACAAGAUCGAGGCGCUCGGCGCCGUCGACCAGGUCGUCGACAACAUCAUGGUCGUGCGCGCCUUCACGCCCGGCGAGUACCAGGUGCUCGACUCCGGGUCGGCGCUGUGCACGGAGGACCGGAAAGUGUUUGGCGCCGUGUGGGAGACGAUCGGCAAGGUGCUGCAGCCGAUGUACACCGUCAUGUUCGGCAGCGCGGAGGAGAUAAAGGACGCGGGGCUGGAGGUCGGCACGAAGGUGUACUACCCCGUGGCGCACGCGACGUUUGUCUUCACGGAGCCGUUGAAGAAUCUCAAGGGGUCUGACGCGAGUAACAUCCACGACGAGGAGGUGGCGGAGGACGAGAUGGAGUUCUCGGACGACGAGAAGGAGGCGGAGCAUAAGAGGCAGGCGAAGCAGAAGAAGAAGGACGCGAGGGCGAGGAACGGCGGCGGGGAGAGGCCCGCGAGAGGGGGCGGCGCGAGGGAGCCGCACCCGUUGCGGAACGAGGUCUCCGCGGGGCCGAGCGACGGCGGGCUGAACUACGACGACGAGGACGACGGGCCGUACAAGCCGCUCACGAGGCCGCCUGGGUUCGGGCAGGUGCCGCCCAUGCAGCAGACGUUCAGCCAGGAGCCCGAGCCCGGCAGGUUUGGAGGGCGCAGAGGCGGACGGGGAGACUUUAGGGGACGUGGUGAUAGGGGCAGAGGUCGUGGACGCGGCGGACGCGGCGGGUUCGGACAGCGCGAGGGCAGAGACGGGUACUCCAUGCCGCAGCAACGGCACCAGGAGCAGCAAUCACAGGGACAAUGGGUCGGCAACAACAACAACUACCAGCAGCCUCAACAGCCGCAGCAGCAGUCUGCGCCGGCCCCCGCGGCACCGACCUUCAACUUCCCCUUCCCGGGCAUGCCUCCUCAACCGGGCGGUCAAGGAUUCCCUGCCGUUCCGCCGCCUCCGCCUGGUUGGCCGGCGCAGGGCGGACAGACGGGGCAGAAUCCGGCGGCGGGAGCGUACAUCAACCCUGCCUUCUUCGCGGCCCUGCUGGGACAGAUGCAGCAGAACCAGGCGCAGAACGGUCAGCAAGCGCAGCAGCAGAACCAGCAGAACCAGCAGCAACCACCGCAACAGCCACCGCAUCAAUGGGGCGCGCAGCCUCCUCCGCGAUGA